ACCAGCGACGCGGACAUUCUUUGCUUAUACCGUGAGCCGGCUGUUUUAUGUACUCUGCGGGCAUAAUUAAAGAUUUUUAUUAAGUCUAAAUUAAUUUAAGUCUUUCUCCGGAUCAUGCUCAUCUACAUCUUCGUUUAAAACAGUAGUUUGUCCGUGCGCCCAGUGCUUUUUAUUUCCUAACACGCAGUUUUGGGAUAUUUCCGAAUUCACUAUUAAAAUGGUAUCAACAAUUGUUUAUGUUUUUUUCUUAGUAAAUCUUAUGUCUCAGUUUGCUUUGUGUGAACUGAACGAGGAAGAAGAGACUGUGUUAGUAAACCGCACAUUUAGGAAAGGUCUAUUUUGGAGAAGUGAAGAGAGACAGCGUUUUAAGCUCAAUGCGUUUGGCCACCUUUUCCUGCUUGACCUGUCGCCGGACAGCAAGUUCGUGUCUCCAGUUUUAAACGUCCAGCGCGUUAAAGCAAAGAAUCUCCGCUCUGUCCUGGACGCCUCCAGGAGCGGGGGUGCUCUCAGGGAUGCCACCCUUUACCCAGACAGCGGUGCGGACCUCAGAGACUGCUUUUACACCGGCACGGUCAACUCUGAAAAGGAAUCUGUAGUUGCUGUCAGCUUGUGCCACGGCAUCCACGGCACCUUCAUAACGCAAGGGGUCGAGUACUUUAUUCACCCUAAAGCAAGUGUCCAGACCACCGGGAAACAUUUACCGCAGGUGCACGUCAUUAAAAGGAGAGCUGUUUCCAGCAGUCGGACAGCGUCUUUAGUCUUUGAUCAAAUGAAAGUUGACAGUCUUAUGAAAGAGAGCAAACUGAACUCCCGUGAAGAUGAAGACGGCAAUAUGAGACGCGCAAAAAGAUUCGUGUCAGCUGCGAGAUACAUCGAGACACUGGUGGUGGCCGACGCGUCCAUGACACGGUUCUAUGGAGACGAGAUAAAGCACUAUCUUCUAACGGUCAUGGCCAUGGCAGCACAAGUCUUUGUGCAUCCUAGCCUGAAAAAUGCUGUUAGUCUGGUAGUAGUGAAGAUGGUUGUUGUGGAGGAUGAGGAAGUGGGACCUGAGCUUUCAAGUAACGGUGGCGUUGCCCUGCGUAACUUCUGCAUGUGGCAACAACUUUUCAACCCGGGCAGCCAGAGGCAUCCAGAACAUUAUGACACUGCCAUCUUGUUCACUAGAGAGGAUAUUUGUGGAUACAAGGAUUGUGACACUCUGGGUGUAGCUGAUGUUGGCACUAUGUGUGACCCCAAAAGAAGCUGCUCCGUUAUAGAGGACAACGGCCUUCAGGCUGCGUUCACUGUGUCACAUGAACUCGGUCAUGUGCUCAGCAUGCCACAUGAUGAUUCGAAAAACUGCGAGAAAUGGUUUGGGCAUCUCCAUGGACAUACAAUGGCUCCUUUCUUUGUCCAUCUCAACAAAACCCUUCCCUGGUCUCCAUGUAGCGCAUUAUACAUCACAGAGUUCUUCGACAAUGGCCACGGUGACUGUUUGCUGGAUCCUCCUGAAAUGACCAUCCCUUUACCCGCUGAGCUCCCCGGUCAUACGUUUGGUCUAGAUCGGCAGUGCCAGCAGGCGUUUGGAAACAAAUAUACCCACUGUUCCAGUGCCCCCGCAGAUCAGACUUGUGUACAGCUGUGGUGUCAAGAGGAAGGAAAGAUUCAGUGCACAACUCGGAAUGGAAGCCUUCACUGGGCUGAUGGCACUCCAUGUGGGGAAGAUAGGAGAUGUCGUGAGGGUUUGUGUCUGUCGAGUGCAAUGGAGGAGGCGGGAGAGCAGAAGGUGCCCGUCAAUGGUGGAUGGGGAGAUUGGGGCCCUUGGGGGCCAUGUUCACGAACAUGUGGUGGGGGUGUGGAGUUUUCCCAUCGAGAGUGCACUUCUCCUGUACCACAGAAUGGAGGAUUGUACUGUGUGGGACAGAGGGUCAAAUACCAGUCCUGCAAUACUCAGACCUGCCCAGAAGACCAUGGGAAAAGCUUCAGAGAGGAGCAGUGUGAGAAGUAUAACAGUGACCGUUACAUGGACAUUAAGGGGAACAUAAAGCAGUGGAUCCCCAAAUAUUCCGGUGUCUCUCCACGAGACCGCUGCAAACUCGUCUGCCGAGCCAAAGGAAGCAAUGAAUUCAAAGUGUUUGAAGCUAAGGUUGUGGAUGGUACCACCUGUGGGCCAGAUACCACAUCCAUCUGUGUUCAGGGCCAGUGCAUCAAAGCCGGUUGUGACCAGGUGAUAGGCUCCAACGAAAAGCUGGACAAGUGCAGUGUCUGUGGAGGUGAUGGUACAACCUGCAGGAAAAUAAGUGGUUCGCUAAAUAAAGCUACUAUUGGCUACAUUGAUAUUGUUACCAUUCCGGCUGGGGCGACUAAUAUUGACAUAAAACAACGCAGCCAUCGAGGCAUCGCCCAUGAUGGCAACUACUUGGCAGUUAAGGCUCAAGACGGAACCUACAUCCUGAAUGGGAAUUUCUCAGUAUCAAUGGCAGAGCAGGACAUCCCAGUGCCCGGUGCUAUGCUUAGAUACAGUGGCUCCUCCACCACCCUGGAGCGACUCCUAAGCUUUCACAGACUUCAGGAACCCAUCACCAUCCAGCUGCUGUCUACUGCUGGCGACAUCUCGCCGCCUAGAAUCAAGUAUACGUUCUUUUUGCCAAGGGAUGUGCCUUUUAGCAAGCCUGGCACAGAGAGCAGAAUUUCAACACAUGUGAUUUCACCUUUUGGGGGAUUCGAUUGGGUUUUGGGAGAGUGGUCCGAGUGCUCCAAGAGCUGUGGUGCUGGAUGGUCCAGGAGAAGUGUGGAAUGUAGAGAUGGGGAGGGAUCUCUGUCUUACCUCUGUGAUGCUGAUCUGCGACCGGCAGACAUCCGGCCUUGUGGAGAUUUGCCCUGUCCCAUGUGGCAAAUGGGGCCAUGGUCUGCGUGCUCACGGACUUGCGGACCCGGAGAGCGCCACCGCACUGUAGUCUGUUUGGACUACGCGGGCAAGGUUCUAGAACCUGAGAAGUGCAAUCCAGACAAGAGGCCAGAGGUAGCUGUAGGAGAAUGCUUUUACCAGGACUGCUGAAGCUGACUUUUAGUACAGUGUAAUAGAAUGGAGGAGGUGGUGGGAUGCAUAUGUAGUGACUUGUCACCACCAAACUUCAAAACAAAAAGUGCUCUUAGAGAUAGAGCGUUAGAUCAGAGAUCACUUAUCAAGCAUAACCAGGGCAUUUUAUUUUAAAUAUUACCUAUGUAAUGGUCUAAUUCUCUGUCAAGUUUAAUUAUAACCACAAAGGUAACUUCCCACGGAGAUCUACCUCAGUCAAGACAAGCUUCAUAAAGUUCACAGUUGUUUAGAGAGGAGUCCUAUGGAACAAACCUUUGCACAAACCUGCUGAAAUUCUGUUCAAACAUCUCUCGCAUACAGUACCUCCAUUAUACAUUGCAGCUUACUCCACAUCUAAAUUGAGUCCAAAUGUUGAGUGUAAGGGGCAGCCAUGGCCUAAAUUUAAAGAGUUGGACUUGUGAUCCAAAGGUCGCAGGUUCAAGUCUUAGCACAGGCAGGCAUUGUAGGGGGUGGGAGUAAAUAACUAGCAAUCAACCCCCCUGUCUGCUCCCUGGACAGUCAACUGCUCUGGGUUGUGUGUUCACAGGUGUGUGUUGCUUUAGAUAAAAGCAUCAUCUUAAAGAUACAAUCUAUACUAGAGGUACUCCAAGGUUGCCAGUCAAAUUGUCAAUACCUGACUGCAAUUUGGUGUCUUUAUACAUGCUAGACUGAUUGAAUUCCCAUUUAUUUAAAAAAAUUUUGUAGCUUCAAGUUUGUAGCAUUUUUUUUUUAUCAAUAAUACCUGUAUUACCCUCGAAGGCUUUCCGAUUUUUCAUAUUACAACACUGGAAACAGUAUUUGGAGGUAGAGUUCUUUACCUUUCUGUAAAAGAGCUGUUGGAACGCAUACAUCUAUGCUCAUUUUACCUUAAAAACUUGGUUACGAAUGAAUGAUUUUAGUUUGUAAUGAAGAAUUAACAUGGAAUCGCCCUCUCUUACACACUGUUAGUCUUUCUGUAAUAUUAUUCAGCCAUUAGGCAACAAGCUAUCCCAGACUGAGAUCAACAAUGUAAAGACUGCAAAUGUGCCUUAAAUUAAUGACUUUUUAUUACUAGCAUCCACUGGUGCAUAUGACUUAUAACGGGAUCAUAUAAUAUAACUGAUACUGGCAUGUGUGAGUUUACAGGAGAAAGUAAUUUAUUGCUAAAUGAUCAUGUAGAAGUGGAUAAUUACUGUAUGUUAUUGAACACACAUGUGCCCUCGAUAUAAUUGCAAUGACAUCAAACAAGAAAAUACAUUUCCUGUGAAAAACAUUGAGAUUGCAUGCCUCUUUGCAAUCUGUAUUCUGUUCAUUUGUCUUUACUCUUCCAAGCUUUAGUUGGCACUAUUUUAAUACGUUUGAAAAUCUAUCACCCAUAUACACCAUGAUGAGGAGAAAAGUAUCAUGUGAAUGUUGUAAAUAAAUAUUAUAUUUCUAUUUAAUAAGACAAGUAUAGGUCAAGAGUUCAUUUAAAUGCAGUAGUGCUGAGCAGACAGGCCUGAUAUUUCUGAUAAGUUUUCCAUUGAGCUUAAAGAGCACUGAUAUUUGUUCAAUAAAGUGUCAUUUCACACAUGGUGAAAGGAAAUCUAAUUUAAUUCUUAGUUGCAAAAUUACUUAUCAUUUUCAAAUUUCCAAAAUAGAAAAUGUAACUGAAAAUAACCUAUAAAAAAUUAUAUAAGAGAAAGGAUUUUCAUUCCAAUUGAAUUAGAAGUAUGCAAGCUUUGAAAUGGUGCAUAUUUGAGACUAAAGCAUUCUAUCCCUUCAGUGAAGGUCUGCACAAUGCUAUUGUUAUAGCUUCCUUUUACAAGCUAUUUAUUUUUCUACCUUCGACACCUAAUGUUUUGGUUUGUUUUUUCUUGAUGCUGCUGUCUAUCUUAUACAUGAUUGAUGUAUGAAUUUAAAUCAAAUAAAUAUGUCU